AAAAAAAAAAGAUAUCCAUGAAUCAGCUGUACAAAUCGGAUCAAAGUUGUCUUUACAUGUGAAUUGAAGAGAAAGAGUCAUCACUUCAAAUAAAAAAAAUCCAAGGAAUCAAGCAUUUUGAAUAGAGGAGGAAACGCAGUCUUCCAAACUAUGGUUUUGAAGACGAAAAUAGAUAAACGUUUUGGAAACAAUCGUCCAAAUGAUUAAAUUAAAUAAAAAAUAAAUAAAAAAUCGUUAAAAACAAAGAAGCCGACGAAAAUCUCUACCUUUUAUCAACAGAGCAAUUGGAAACGAGAGUUUUCCAAAUCGAGUCGACUAGGUUUCCGAUAUCCUCCUCAAUCCUCAGAGUCAAUCAUCGCGAAGUUCCCUCUUCCGCUCCAUGUCGUCGGCCGCAUUUCUCAGUCCUGUUUUCUUCCUCCUCCUCACCAUCUCCUUCCAUCUCUUCGCAGCUCAAUCAGAGGUGCUCGAUUCCACCGGCUAUGGGAAGGACAGCCUAUGCCCCGUCCCAAACGACGGCAACAUGGCCUGCCCAAUCAACUGCUUCCGAUACGAGCCGGUCUGCGGAGAGAACGGGGUGACGUACGGUUGCGGCUGCCUUGAUGCGGCGUGUGCGGGGGUGCGAGUGGUCAAGAUCGGGCCUUGCGAGCUCAGCUCGGGUGCUCCGUCCGCCGCUGUAUCCUCUGAGGCCGAUGCCCCCAGCCCCACAAACUGAUCAUUUUGAAGGAGGAAAUGGUAUCCAGUACUGAUGUCAAAAUAAAGUAUAGCUGCUCUUACAGUAAUUGUAUGGUGUAUUAAUUCUCAUCAUAUAUGAUCUGUUAGUUGAGAGUUUAUGCUAUCAAAUAAGAUAUUUCGUGUUCGAAAUUUGUAUGUUUGAUUUGUGUGUGAGUUUGUAUUAAAUUUGCAUAUUGUCUUCUAUCUAUAAUCUUUUUAG